AUGGUGCCCGAGGGUGAGAGCGAAAACGAAGAAGAGGAGGAGGAUCGGCUGAUGCGGCACAAGCGUUUUCGCUAUGUAACUGAAGGUCACAUGAGCGACGGACGCAGUUCAGAAGAGGAGAACGACCAGGACGCUGAUGAAGAGGAACUCGCUGGACGUCGUGAGGUAGGUUAA